GCAACCCUCAUUCUUACACUCUUUCGCUUAAAAUACAACGAGCAUUGAUUGCUUAUUUGACACUCUUUUCAACCAGUUUGAAGACUUUCCGAAGCUUCCGAAACCCUUUUGUUGUACUUCUUGAAGAAGCCCUGCCUGCCCAGCCACAAUGUCUGCUCUCAACGCCACCUACCCAAUCACAAACACCACGGUCCCCGUCUCCACGGGUAACGGAGGCGUUGCCGCCCUCUAUGAACGGUGCGGCGGCGGCAGUGACUGGACUGGUCCAACCGAGUGUGCGCCUGGCUCCUACUGCAAGGUGCAGAACCCCUACUACAACCAGUGUGUUUCUGUCGAGGACGGCGAGUACCCCGGCGCGUCUGCCACAGGCUCGAAUGUCGACUACAUAAACACCCUCAUCGCCUCAGGCGUCGCUUCCGCCCGGCCUACCACGCUGGUGACGAUCACCGCUACCUCGGCAGCGGCCCCCACCCCUACGGCGGGAGACGACGGCGAUGACUACUGCGAGGACGAGACGUCGACCUCCUCCGCUGCCGCCGCCGCAGCUACCCCUACCGUGGCGGCGGGCGACGACGGUGAUGACUACUGCGAGGACGAGACGCCGACCUCCUCCGCCGCUGCCGCAGCUACUACUCCUACCGAGGCGGCGGGAGACGACAGCGAUGACUACUGCGAGGACGAGACACCGAGCUCCGUCACCGCCAACGUCGCCGCAGCCGCGCCCACCAGCGCGGCCCAGGACGAUGCUGAUGACUACUGCGACGAGGAGCCAACAGCCGCUUCUGCCGCCGCCGCCGCCACGCCCACGGCGGCGGCUGCUGAUGACGACUACUGCGAGGACGAGGCUGUGACUCCCACCGCCGCUGCUGCCACGCCCACCAGUGCGGCGCAGGAGGACGGUGAUGACUACUGCGAUGGCGAGGAGACGGUCACCGUCACCGUCGCGCCCCAGCCCACUGCUUCUGCUGCGGCCGUAGCUUCCGGGGAGGACGACUACUGCGAGGAGUAAAUUCGCUCGCGCUGUCCGGACUGACACCCGUGGUGGUCUCGUACCUAGGUAAAUAGUAGCACGGGCAAAGGCUUCCGACGAAGCCCUGGCCAGGGGUGGGUGAUUGGAAGCGGAGGCGUACU